AUGAGCGACAAGGACAAAGGUGUGAAUGGAGCGGUAGUGAAGAGCAUCUGCAGCAAAAAAGCUAUCAGUCUGGAUGGCAGAAUUCAGGUUGGCGACUACAUCGUCCGAAUCAAUCAGGAAAAUCUGCGUAAUGUGACCUCAUCGCAAGCUCGUGCAAUUCUACGACGGACCAAUUUGAUUGGCACCCAGUGCAAGUUGGUCGAUUUCAAGCCUUUUAUUCCCUCACAUCUCUCCCAUCCAUACUAUUACUUCUGA